AUGAUAUAUGGGGACGUUCUUAAAUAUGGACAGGCCAUAGUAGAGAAGUGUACAAAAUCAAAGAGACGCCUGCUGUACUUAAUCCUCCUCAGACUGCUUAAUUGCUUAGUGGUACAGACGUCCUUCUUUCCAGAUGAAUAUGCUCAGUCGAUUGAAAUUUCUCAUUAUUGGGUUUUCGGUUAUGGGCAUAAACCCUGGGAGUGGGAAUCCUGUAUAUCUCUUCGAUCUAUUGUGCACCCCUUCACGUAUGCCAUUUUAUUUUACAUUUUGAAAAUCACCAAAUUGGACACCCCCCUUGCGGUUCUGUACGUCCCAAGGAUUUUUCAGGGGCUGUGUGCGGCGCUUGGCGAUUAUGGGGUGGUCAAGUUGGUUACGCUUUGGUAUGCGCAGCUGUACAGGGGGGGACAGGACAUCGGAAGGGACAGCGGUAUGAAUAGCGGUUGGAGUGACAGUGGAGGGCCCAUUCCCCCCGUGCAUACUAUCCUGACCUGCUACUUCCUCUGCUGGUUCCACUUCUACACAAUUUGCAGAACGUCCUCUCAGUCAUUCGAGUGCAUACUGAACAUAUGGGGGGUAUAUUUUAUUUCGAGGAAUUACCUCCCCGCUGUUGCUUCCGAGGGGGGAAUGACACUUCCCUGUUCGGGUGAAAGCGCCAAGGGGAAGGAGAGCAACCAGGUGAAAGGAGGUACAUCUGUUAUGCGUAGGUGCCUCGUGCGCAGUGAUCAAAGAUUUGCGCAAAAGUGCCACCCUCCCAGCAGUAUCAUCCGUAGUGAUGAUGCAUGGACGGUUUUCCCCGCAGGGACAGCAGAAAAUGGAAGGACUUCACACCAUGCAGGAGGGGAAGAGGCAGAUAAUCAAGGUGACGCUUCCACAGAUUGGUGCUACUUCGCCCAUCAGGGUGUCCCCCGGAACCGCGCCAUAGCAGUGGACAAAGUCAAAACCGUGCAGAUACAGAAUCUUCUGCUGAGCCUGCUGUGCAGCUCCUUCUGUGUGCUAAUCAGACCGAACGCCACCCCAUUUUGGCUAUGUGUAUAUUUCCUCUACUUAGUGAAAAGCGCGAAGGGGCACAAGGCAGCUCUGCGAAUGGAGGAAGUGCUCACAAUAGGCAUCCUAUACACACUGAUUUUUUUUAUCCUGGGAAUGUUAGCAGAUUCGUAUUACUACAACAAAAUAACGAUCACCGUUGUGAAUUUUUUUUUAUACAAUUUUGUAAGUGGACAGAACAGUUACUUUGGAGAACAUCCCAUCCACUUUUACCUUUCCUGUGUCAUUCCAUCGAUAUACCUUCUCUUCACCCCUUUUACAUACUACACCUUCUUCUCAUUGAUGAGAAAGGUAACAAAGGAGAGAAGCCCCCUUGAUGCAGUUAUCAGCAGAAUAGAUCACAGUGUUUACGUGGCCACUCUUUUGGAAGUCCUAGCAUUAUCACUCAGUGUUCAUAAGGAGCACAAACUUCUCAUCGGGUAUAUGCCCUUCAUCACGAUAUGUACUGGUUUGGGGGUGCACAAAUGUUGGGUGUAUGUACAGGAGGGGGGAAGACAAAAAAAAAAAGAAAAAAAAGAAAAUUUUUUUUUUUUUUUCUUAAACAUAGCUUUUCUGCUUCAAAUCGUGUGCAUCUUCUUCUUCAGUAGAGUACAUAACAGUUCCCCAGAAAAAGUUGCCACCUAUUUUCGAAACCUUAAAACGGAUAGCGAUAAGGAGAUGACAAUCUUUCUGACGGACUGCUAUGACACCCCAUUGUACUCUCACAUUCACAGGAAAUUUAAGAUAGGCUUCCUAGAUUGUUCGCCACAUAUUAGAAAACAAGAUGGACAUUUGCAGCACAACUGGAGGAAGAAAAUAUAUGACGAUAACUUUGGAAAGGUUUUUUACGACCUAUUUGAUGAGAGCAAACGGACGUCGGACUCGGUCGAGCCGUAUAUAAUCCCAGACAAGAACUUCCACUGGUUUGGCCACAAAAAUUUUAACACAAGAAAGCACUUCGAAUGGGUUUACGAGAAAAUUAACUUCUCCUGUUUGGAAUACCGUUUUGGGGUACCCCUGAAUGGAGAGCUCCCCCUUUACUUAGUUACCACUUCAGAGCGGCUGCCCCAUUUGGCACGCUUCCUCUCUGAGUUUAAGUAUCACCUUGAUGUGGACCCCAUUUUUUCCCACUUUGCAAUGGUAGAGGGGGGACUGAAGCUGGGCGUCGUCAACCAUUUGAUUUUUAAGCGGGGCUCCGCAUAG